GUUGGACAUGGCAAAGAUGGUUCUCUUUGUCCCCGAGAGUACAGAGAAAGAGAGCAAUUCAACAGGACAGUCACAGAAAACAUCUUCUGACAUCACUGGUUCAGAGGCAAGGCAGUUUUAUGAAGAUUUGGUUAACGAAUCGCACAGUAAGGAUGGAAGUAUAUUACAUCAAGGUAUACCACAUGCUCAGAGUCACGCAAAACAUUACAAUGACAGACUGCUGAACAAUGUUCCCAAAACCUCCUCAGCAUCUGCUUUAACAGUAAAAGAAAGUGAUUUCUUGAAAGCAGCUCAGAAUGGUGAUAUAAAAAUUGUAAAGAAGUGUUUAAAACAGGGAAUAGAGAUUGAUUGCAUAGAUUCUUAUGGAUGGACGGCUUUAAUGUGUGCAAGUCAUAGUGGAAAUAGACAGGUAGUUACAUAUCUUCUCAAGAAGGGUAUAAACAGAUAUGUGGUGGAUAGAAAGAGAAGGGAUGCAGUGGUCAUUGCUAGAAGAACUGGUCAUGAAAGUCUGGCCAAUUUUAUAUCAACAUUUGACAGUAGCAUUGUGAGAGCUAAACAGAUAGAGAAACAAGAAGCAGAAGUCGUGGAGUUUUUCUGUGAUGUGUGUAAUGAAACUAUUCACCAAAUUGGAGGGGAGAACCAUGAAACAUCUACUGUGCAUCUAUUCAACAGACAGCUAAAGCCAAAACCAGACAGUUUUCUUAUUCCCCCAGGCAACAUAGGUUUUCAGUUAAUGUUAAAGAAUGGAUGGGAUGGGGAGAAAGGAUUAGGAUCAAGAGGACAAGGGCAACGAUAUCCCGUGAAAACAAUACUAAAACGAGACAGAUAUUGUUUAGGUGGGGAAUCCGAAAGGACCACUAAAAAGAAAGCUAAAGUUACACAUUUUGGGCCUCAUGACAAGAAUGCAGUUGGAAAACUCAAAGAAAGAAAAUUAAGAUCAUCUACAAUUAACAAACAGCAAAAAAAGAAGGAGGAGAGUAAAUCCCAAUGGUGGGAGAGAAAUCUGAGAGAAGAAAUGAAUGAUUUUUUCUGAGACUUUCAUUUCAUGAUAACUACAUAGUAUAUGUAUAUUGUAAUUUGAAUAAUGAUAAUUGAAUUAUUUUUUAAAGAUAGCAUUAAGAAAUUCCAAAGAUGAUGAAAAAAUUAUAGCAGCUUGUUUUUAAAGUUUUAUUGAUCUUUGAA